AACACACACACACACACUCUUUGGUAAAAUCAUGGCAAACAUGUGCCCAUAUGGUCGAUUCACCCACGCUGUGGUUCGAGGCAUCCCAGAGACUUUUGGGAAAACGACGGGAGACGGUGACAAGAACGGGGACGUCUCAGUGGACCUGGCCAAGGCUCAGCGUCAGUUCGGUUGCCUGACAGGAGCCCUGAGACAGAAAGUGGGCCUGCAGCUGAUCGAGAUCCCCCCUGACCCCGAGCUGCCCGAGAGCUGGAGGAUAGACGACGUGGCGGUCAUCCAGGGAGACACGGCACUCAUCACCCGACCCUUCAAACAGCAGAGACGCAGCGAGGCCGAGGCAGUGCGGAGGGUGAUGUCAGAGCUGAACCUGACCGUAGUGGAGAUGGGGGGCGAGGAGGGGGACUCUGGAGGCGCCACGCUGGAGGGCAGCGACGUCCUCUUCACGGGGAGGGAGUUCUUUGUCGGCAUCUCGUCUCACACCAACCGCAGAGGAGCCGAGGUGCUGGCAGACACUUUCAGAGACUUUGCCGUUUCCACCGUCCCCGUCUGCGGUGGAGCCCGGCUGAAGAACAUCUGCUCCAUGGGAGGUCCGGACACCAUCAUCAUCAGCAACAGUGACGGGGCCAAGAAGACACUCCGGAUGAUGGAACAGCUGACCGAUCACCACUAUGAAGUGCUGACUGUCCCGGAGGAAUCGGCGGCCAACUGCAUCUACAUAAAGGGCCCGUCCAAGCGAGACUUCCUGCUCCACCGGCCUGCAGAGGAAUGUCCCGACAGCGUGUCCGCUUUCCAGAAGCUGCAGGACUACACCCUCCUGCCUACAGCCAGCAGCGAGGCCUCCAAACUGGGAGCGUCUCUGUCCUCGCUCUGCCUCCUCAUCAAUAGAAAGCACACAUACUUCACAUAAAAAAAAAACAACCCCCAAACCUCAUCCCCCUCAGUAGGUUUUAACAUGAUCUUAAGUCGGGUGUGAGGGGCGUCCACAUCACUACAAAAAUUUUUUAGAAGGCUAACAUCUUUUAUUUAUUGUUUGGAGGGGAAAAAAUGGUGACACACGGCAUAUGUAUGAAGAUCUGAUCCAACUGUAACAUCUGCAAACAGGCUGAUUCUUGGCACGGCCGCCCCCUCCCCUCCCGUUCUGCUCUCCCCUCCUGCUGAAGUUACAGCACAGCAUGCUGGUUUCCUCACAAAAGCCUAACAAAAAACACUAUUAAGACACCACUGAAUGCAGUCGUAGUUUUUACACUGUUUUAACUUGUAAGUCAUGACCACUCUUUUCCCCAGAUUUAUGUUCAAUUACAAAGAAACUGUUCAAGUUCAUGUCUGUAG